CACUGGCACAGCCGCCGGGUCAGGGUCGGGGUCGGAAUCGGAGAGAAGGCAGAUGCUUCAGAGGUUACAGAGCGUCGGGUUUCCGGUGUGUCUCAUCGGAGGAACGGUGGAAGCGCCGCCGCUGAUGGUUUGGGGAGGAGAAGGAGAGGACGAACCGUUGCACGGCGAGGUGUCGGUUAUGGGGAUGUCACGGAGGAUGGAGGACGAGAUUUCCGCCAUGACUAAGCUUUGUCAUCCCGACAUCAACGGCGGUCGACCGGUUCAUUACUUCGCCGUGUACGACGGCCAUGGCGGCACUCACGUGUCGACUCUAUGCAAGGAUAAUAUGCCGACGCUGGUGCAGGAAGAGCUGGAACAUGUGGGCCAUAACCAAGAAAACGAGAACGAGUGGAGGAGGGCGAUGGUGAGGAGUUUCCAGAGGAUGGAGGACAUAGCGCUGAGCCCUUGCAUCUGCGGUGGCACGGACCAACAUCCAUGUAGCUGCGACCCUGACGAGACCGCCUACUGCGGUUCCACCGCCAACGCCGCCGUUCUCACCCAAUAUUUCAUCCUCGUCGCCAACACCGGCGACUCUCGCGCCGUCCUUUGCCGUCGGGGAGGAGCUAUUCCCCUCAGUUUCGACCACAAGCCGGACAGGCCAGAUGAGCGUGCAAGGAUCGAAGCUGCUGGUGGCCAAGUUUUAAGCCUUUAUGGACCUCGUGUUCAGGGAAUUCUAGCCACCUCCCGGGCAAUAGGGGAUCAGUAUCUGAAGCCACUGGUGUCAUGGGAGCCGGAGAUAACGAUGAUGAGAAGGGAGCCUGAGGACGACUGUCUGAUAAUAGCAAGUGACGGACUUUGGGACGUGCUGUCGAGCCAGGAGGCCUGCAACAUAUCCCGACAGUGCCUGUCGGAACGACCGCCUGUCAGAAGACCUCGAAGAACUCAGCUUAAUCUUAACGAGAUACCUCAAGACGAUGACGACGGCGAUGGUCGUGACGCGAGAGAUUCCCAUUACCGUUACAGGUGCCUGUUUGCCGCCGCGCUUCUCACCCGUGUCGCCGUCACCAUGAAUAGCCACGACAACAUCAGCGUCAUCGUCGUCGACCUCAAGAGCGGUGUAUGAUGAUGAUGAUCAUCAUCAUCAUCAUGCAUGAUCCAUUCCCCAAGGGGAUAUGCUGGUUAUGUGUUUGGUUUAAGGUCUUUUUAAGGGUUUUUUUUUUAAAGCUAUGGAGAAACAUGUGUUUCUGAGUUCCGAGUUCAAGUCAGCGAGUUUCAAAGUCUAGUUUCUGUA